AAGAAAACAUCCAUACCCCGUCCGUCGAGCUUCGUGUGGGGUUCCGCUGUGUCAGGGUUCUGUGAUCCAUUUGUAUUAUUCACUUGACUAAGGUCACAGCGAAAAGCCAAAAUGGCGUUCUUGUUGAGCAAAACAAGCAUUGCUUCCCAUUUCCGAUCUCACUCCCAGCAGAAGAGGGAGGAUUUUCUUUCUAUCGCGCGCCGUGAAUUCCACAUCGAACCCGGGCCUCGUGAAAAAGCUCUCUUGGCAGAGGAUCCAUCUCUGAAGCCAUUCAAAUCGUAUAAGAAGAGUGUGUCGCGAAUCAAGAGAAUUGGGGAUGUUCUAACAGUAGUUGUUGUUGCAGGAUGCUGUUAUGAGAUAUAUGUCAAAGCAGUAAUGAGAGAAGAAGCUCGGAAGCAGGCAAGGGACCGCAGUGCAUGAUGAAGGGAAUAUUGUGUUGUUAUGUUGUUACAUUUGUCUAAUUUCUGGCAACAACGUGGACCUGUGACGACUAGCCGUGUGUUGAAACUUAGAAUAAGCCGAAAAGCAUUUCAAUCCAAAAUGCCUUGCACCUCAAUGGUUUUAUGCCAUUCUGGGUAGUUGUACCA